AUGGAAGGUCGCGACUGGAUUAGUGGGGCCCUUCUGCGCAGUGAUCCAUACCUCACUGCCAGUGAACAGCUGAUCGGCCUUGUGCAUGGGGGGAUAAUAGGGGAAUGCCUCAUUGGAGUGGAGUUUGACAAUUCGUUGUCGAAUGCACUUCUGAGGCUCCCUCAUUUUGACUUGGUCAGGGUCGAUGAGCUCACUAAGUUAGUGGAGGGCGAAGAACCCACAGGACAAGAGACCUGCGAGAGUCUUAGUGAUGAGGUGGCUGUUACGGACUUGGUGAAUGUUUGGGAAAAGGGGUUCAAGAAAAAAAAGGCUUCAGGUGGAAGGAAGACUGCCGACUUCGACUUCAACAGAGAUGUUGCUGCACCGGCCAUAGCUACUCUUAGCGACAAAGAUAUCGGAACCUCAGAUACCGAUGAAGUGCUGGCGAACCAAGAAGCUGCUGAACCGAUUGCCGGAGGUAGCAAGAAGGGGAAGCGGAAAGCAACUGAAGAGAGCUCUGAUGACGAUGUUCCCGCACCUUCGACCAAACACCGUCAGAAGAAGAAGCGAAAGGUCUCUGACGAAGAGGGGUUCUCUAGUUCGGACGACGAACCGGUCAAAGACGUCGAAGUUGCAGCUUAUGCUCAUGUUGUUGUCCCACCACCUGCUUCUGUCGGGUCAUCAAGGGCUGCAAAGAGUCUCAAAGAGACUGUCCAUCGCCAGGAACCCUUUUUCUUUCAUAGUACUUCCACUUGCUGGCCCGUAUUUCAUUUGAGGACAGCUAGAGCAGUCUCAUCGGAGCCAGACAAUCUUAUUCUAGCACGUAUGACGUGGCAGUUUAUGAAGCCCAAGAACUCCAAACUAAAUUCUUUAUCCACUGAGGUUGGGUUCAAGGCUUUGAGACUCACUCUGCACAAUAAAUCGAAGGACUACGCCAUCAUACCUUGGGAUGAGAGUACCACCGUUGAUCAGUUCGAAUAUGACAAGAACACCAUCUCAUCCAUAACCAGUGUAAAGGAUAGACUGCUCGGUCUCGAUGAAGUCGCAAAGGGAUACUUCGACUCGAUCCUCGAGAAAUAUCCAAUCAACAACAAGCCCCUUGAAUAUCCGGACAUACGUGCUCAAGGAAAGGCGAAGGUUACCGAACCACCCAUGACCUCUAUAUGGUUCUCCGACUCACGAAAACUCAAGAAGAAGACUAUGAAGGCAAACUACGCUGGCGCUGGCCCUCCUACCACCAUGGAUCCCGCAAAUCUCGCCAACCUUUUCGGUCAAGUACCUGCCACGCAGGAUAUGCUUGCUGCCACCACCUUCAUGCUCCCCGCUAUGUUUGCAAUUCACUACUCGAUCUCUGAGCGUGAUCGAAUACGGUUGGAGAAGCUAGAAGUCGAGAUAGGUGAUGAUACUGCCUUGGAAGGGCUUUUGAGGGAAGAUUGGGGAGAGGGGCCGAACGGUGCGGGCUUCACAUCGUUAGCCUGGGGUCGCUUUUUGAAGGUACACAAGCAGUUCUUGAGUGAUGCUCGUGCUGGUAAACUUGAUCUGUGA